GCAUUGAGACUUUUUCUGCCUUUCCAAGCUGAGAGCAUCUAGACGAGAUGAAAAAGAAGGUGGGGAGAGUGAGAGAAGGAGAGUUGGAGUUUAGGAGGGCAGAACGAGAGAGAGAUUGAGACUGUGUGUUGGAAUGCACUGAUACAUGGGAACAGCCUGCUUAUCUCCGUUUGUCCCCCUGUCAGUCAUACCGAGGCGCACACGCAUACAUUUCAGAACGCUGGAGGCUCCGUUUGGAAAGGUGGUGAUUAACCCCUUCCCCCUCGUUCCUCCUCCUCCUCCGUCUCUCCCGCCGUCUGGUUCUUCUACCUGCACUCGUCUGGACUCGUUCGGUGAGUAAAGACACAGAGGGACAGGAAAGAAGAGAGAUGAGAUAGAAGGAGGGAGAGUAAGACCGAGACGGUGCAAUUCGUUCUCUGCGGAAUACGGUGGAAAUCCAGGUGGUAUUUGGACACUUGUGGAACACAGCUUUGGAUAUUCUACUAGUGUGAUUUGAUUGGACUACUCAAAUGGACAAGUGACUGAUGAACUGACUUGAUUGGAUUCCCAGCAUUUCUACACUAUGUCUAAACCUUCACGACUUGCUCGCUCAUCCUCGGUGGGUCCUGGCUCCAAGCUCCCCUUGCCUCGUCGGGAUACACUUGCUGGCCGACCCAGAAUGCACGGCAUGGGGGAGAAAGUGAUGCAGACAGGAAGUGAGGGCAAUAUACCUGGCCAGAGGCCUCCGAUCAAUGGAACGACACAUUCGCAAAGCCAGCAAAACACUAAUAUAAAGGAAGAGGAGGAGAUGGGCCAACCAAGGAGCAGAAUCAGUCCACCUAAAGGGUCCUCCGCAACCAUAACCCAACAACAAGUCACACGACCCAAACCUCUGAAGGGAAAUCUAAAGGUGACUUCCAGUGAAGACGCUGAGCACCUGGCCCGUAAACAUCAGGUUGUUUCCGCUAACAGUCCUGGUAGCCGCUGUGAGGCCAAAUCCAGCCGCGCAGGGGUCCCACGAAGACACACGGUGGGCGGAGCGCGCAGCUCACAGGAGAUCCUGGCCAUGCAGCCCUCAGAUAUGGAUAAAAAACGAGAGGCCUUUUUGGAACAUCUGAAGCAGAAGUACCCACACCACGCCUCUGCCAUCAUGGGCCAUCAGGAGAGACUCCGAGAACAGAGCCGAGGCUCUAAGCAGAGUGUGGCGUGUUUGAGUCCAGUGCCUGUGUUUGUGGAUCAGGUGGAGCACGGCUCACUGGUCUCUCUAGAUGCUCUGGAGGUCAUGUCUGAGUGCGACAUGCCCAUCGCCUUCACCCGAGGCUCCCGGUCUCGAGCCAGUCUGCCCGUGGUCCGCUCUACCAACCAGACCAAGGAUCGCUCACUAGGGGUGUUGUAUCUGCAGUAUGGAGAUGACACAAAGCAGAUACGCAUGCCUAAUGAGAUAACAAGUGUAGAUACAAUCAGAGCUCUGUUCGUUAGUGCCUUCCCUCAUCAGCUCAACAUGAAAAUGCUGGAGUCACCCAGCACCGCCAUCUAUGUGAAAGACGAGACCAGGAACGUGUACUACGAGCUCACUGAUGUCAGGAGCAUCACAGAUCACUCCUGCUUGAAAGUGUACCACAAAGAUCCAGCGCACGCCUUCAGUCAUGGAGCCCGGCCAAGCAAUGGAGACGCAAGGGUUCACAGGGAGAUGAUGUAUGCUGGACCGAGUGGUCAUCCUCUCCGGCAGCCCCCGAUGGGUCCUCCUCCACCCCAUAUGCAGGGCUCCAUGUCCCCUACCACACCUCAUGCGAUGAUGCUAGGCUCCAAAACCCAGCCCCCUUCCCCACACCGGAUGGGCGAGAUGCGAGUGAUGGACAUUCACACAGUCCAACCGCAGAGUUCCAUGACUCUCGAAAGGGCAUCACCUAUCAGACAAUCAUUUAGGAAGGAGGCUCCUCUUGCUAUGGAUACCAUGGUAAAGGCAAGGGGUGGUAUGGGGUCCCCGGCCACCCCUGAUCUUCAGGUUCACAAUCCUCUUGCCCCCUCAACAGACCCUCAGACACGAGAGAGAAUGAAGGCCAUGGAGGAGCAAAUAGCCAGUCUGACUGGUCUUGUGCAGCAUGCUCUCUUAAAGAGCCACAGCACUAACAGCAACCAGGAACACCCCAGUGAGAAACCAGUAAAGUCCGGCUCACCGCCUCACAGCACAUCUAGCACAGGAGGUUCUCCCGUAUUAGCGCCAAAAGUUGCUGCAGCACCUCCUGAGCGUAGCCCCGCCCCUACACCACCACUAGGCCACGCCCCCUUACAUGUUAACCUACACCUGUUCAGGAAGAAUGUCUCUGAGCUCCGCCUCCAACUGCAACAUAUGAGACGAUUACAGCUUCAGAAUCAGGAGUGUGUGCGUGCUCAGAUAAAGCGUGCGGAGCAAGAGAUCAGUGUGAAGCUGGCUGAAAUGCUGAGACGACAGGAAGAUCCGACACAGAAACAGAGGACACUGGUGGAGGAAGAGAGACACCGGUAUCUCAGCAUGCAGGAAAGAGUUCUCACCCAGCUUGGGGAUCUGGAGCAGUAUGUGGAGACACUGAGGACUGACUCCAGCCCUGCUGUGUCUCAGAGAGCCGUGACGCUGAAGGAGGUAGAGGAGGGAGCUGUCAGUCUGAGGAAGGUGGGCGAGAACCUGGCUGGACUGAAAGGGGAGUUUCCAGCUCUUCAAUCCCGUAUGCGGGCGGUGCUCAGGGUGGAGGUGGAGGCUGUUAAGUUCCUCAAAGAAGAGCCGCACAAGCUUGACAGCAUGCUGAAGAGAGUCCGAACCCUCACGGACACACUCAGCAACCUUCGCAGGUCUGCCACAGAAAGCCUGCUGAAGCCCUCUGACCCUGUUUCCUCAACACCUGCCUCUGAAAAACCAGAAUCAGCUGUGGUUGAAUCCCUCAAGACUGCCUCGGUUGCACCUCAGAGCUCCACAGUGAGGUCAGAGGUUAUGACGUCAAACCCUGUGGUGAUCCACCAUGCCCAGGCCUCUCCGGUAGCUUCACAACAAUCCCAGCAAUCAACAGCACCCUCACCCAUUCCCUCUGCCGCACAAAGACGAGAGUCUACCCCUUCACCCACCAAACAGCUCAAAAAACCCUCACUCGAGCAGACACUAAUACCAAAUAACAGCAGUAAUGGAGUCUCUUCUAAUGGCAUUCAUGGCAAAGGUCCUUCUCCAAACUUCAUUGAGGAGAUCCACGCAAGCCACAGCAAGAACAAGAACAGAGCUGUGUCAAUAGAGGCAGCAGAGAAAGAAUGGGAGGAGAAGAGGCAGAACAUGGGUCAUUAUGAUGGGCAGGAGUUCGAACGGAUGCUCCAGGAAGCAGAAGCCAACAUGCUGAGAGGAAUACCAAACCUUGAGGUGCCCAGCGAACCUGAGGGCUCCCCUGCAGAGGUUCCUGCCUCCCUGAAGGAGGUGGUAGAAAAAAAUGAGCCCACAGCAGCACCAGCAGAGCAGGAUGACAAUCAGCCAAAUUCUGAGAAACCUACUAAGACUGCUCCAGAGAAACCUCCCAAACCUCUGGAGAAACCAGUUAAGUCAGCUUUGGAGAGACCUCUUAAACCCAACCUAUCCAUCAAAUCCAGCCUAGAGAGACAAAGUAAGACUCAGGAAAAAGUUGUUAAGCUUCAGACCACAGAGAAAGCCAACAAGUCUCCUCCUCCACCUCCACCUCGACGAAACUACACCACCAAUACUGGGAUGACCACCACCCGAUCUGGAGAGGUCAUUUACACCAGCAGGAAGGAAUCUGUUAUGGAGGGUGAAGAGGAGUCCAACAGUAUAGCAUCUCAGCCUGAACCAAAAUCCUCUCCAGAGGUGAAGCCCAAACCCAUUACUCCUCCACCUAUCGCUGCCUCGGCUAUUACUGAGGAAGACGAUGAGGGAGACAAGAUUAUGGCAGAGCUACAGGUUUUCCAGAAGUGCUCUUUUAAGGAGGUAGGGCUCAAGGGUUUGGUAGAGCCACAGAUCAAAGAGCUAAGACCUGGGGUCUUACUGCCCCUUAAAGAUAAGAAGAAUACUGAAAACCAAGACGACAAGAACCCUGACACAGAUGAGAAUGGCAACAAUACAAUUUGUCAGAGUCCUGGGGUCAUCUACUAUGUCACAGCUCAGAUCUCCAAGGGAACUCCAUCAGCCUCAGAGGAAUCAACAGAACGUAGAGACGCAUCACUGUCUCCCCCAUCACAGGUGUCACAUGUCAAUGCUUCUGACCAAUGCCAAAGCCAGCUACAGGUAUCCACUAACAAAUUUGGCGCCCUCAAAAGUAAUGGUCCAGCCAGCUCUUCUAUCACUCUACAACAAAAUCAGCUGCCUCGUUCAGCCUCGUUGAAGUCAAAUCCACCCUCUCCACUGGAAGAAGUUCCAGCUAGCCCAACCCAAGGGAAAGUUCAUGUGGUCAAGGCUGCCCAAGUGCAGGUUAGCAUAGAGGAGAGGGUAGAGUCUCCAACAGCAAUUUGCUCACCAGUCUCUUUUGAAAACACUGCACCGAUUCUUUCUAAAGCAGUCCCUGUUGGGACAGAUUUAGCAAAUCAGAAAUUUAUAUUUGGUUCAUCCAAGGUGAAGGAAAAGAAAUUUGAGGAAAUGGAGGAAAAUAAUGAGGCCUCUCUCAGUCCCGAUCUGUCAGGAGAAGAGCCACCUCCGCCUCCUCCUGAUAACUUUGCCUUUAUGAUCACUAACACCAAGGUACAAGCCCUUUCCACUGGAGAGUACCAUCAGCUAGUCAAUGCCAAGAAAGGUAAUGUGCAGACAGUUACUGUUGGCAACAAACGACCAAGUGCUUCUGAAAGUGGCAUGGCAUCAGGAGGUGAUGCCAGUAUUAAUGGUCCUACUGGUGCUGACAACGGCAGUAAAAAGCCAGUCAUCAUCAUCUUUGACGAGCCAAUGGAUAUCCGCUCAGCUUAUAAACGCCUCUCUACUAUCUUUGAAUGUGAGGAGGAGCUAGAGCGGAUGCUUGCAGAAGAAAGAAUAGAUGAGGAGAGUGAGGAAACUGAGGAAGAAGAAUGGACUAAGGGAGUGCAGGUCAAACAGAAUGGAGAUGGUAGGGAUUCUGGAAAAAGUACUGGCUCAAAUUCUCCUGCAGAUAUCACAGAUGGUCAAGUCAGGAACUCUUCUUCAUCCUCAUCUUUAUCUGAGGGAGGGGCAUUAGUAGACGUUGCUGGUGAUGCAAAGCAAGAUGGAAAGCAGAAGUUCAAGUUUAAGUUCCCCAAGAAACAGCUAGCAGCAUUAUCGCAAGCCAUUCGAGCUGGAAGUAAAACAGGCAAAAAGACUUUGCAGGUUGUCGUCUAUGAGGAUGAGGAAGAGUCAGAUGGGACUGUCAAACAACACAAAGAGACCAAGAGGUUUGAAAUUGCUUGCUCCAAAACAGAGUCUUCAAAAUCAAAUCAGCAGGAACCUAAUGGACGAACUGACGAGAUUCGUAAGAAUACCUACAAAACCCUUGACAGUCUAGAGCAAACCAUAAAGCAGCUAGAGAACACCAUUUGCGAAAUGGGACCGAAGUCUUCGGAAGAGCCUGAAACUGAAGAGAGUCCAGGGCACUCAGAGAAAGGACUUUCUCCCAAAAUCUUGGUUCCAAGGUCGACUUUUGCCAGUAAAGGUCCUGGUCUACGAAAGAAGACAAAGCCACAGCUCCUUCCUCGGCCUGCCAUCAUACCAACUACUGGGGUCUCAGUCACACCAGUUCCCACCCAGCAGAAUGCCAGUGUGGUCUCACCUACUAGUCGGAUGCCGGUGCCUGUUUCUGCCAAGGCGCGGCAGCAACCGGGCACCUCAGAGAAAGAGAGGGCAACAAAACCGCAAAAGCUACAGGACUCUCAGAGGCAGUUCCGCCAGGCUAAUGGAAGUGCUAAGAGAUCUGGAGGAGAUCCCAAAUCCACUUCUCCUACCGUGCCUGCUUCUAAAAUUCCUGCUUUUUCCUCUAGUACGGGAAAAGGCUUGUCCCAGUCUGAUUCUACUAAUAUUGUUAAUUCUUCUUCUCCUUUAUCUUCCUCCCUUCCCACUAGCAAAUCUUCUAUCCCUCCUCCUCGAUCCAGUUCCACCCCCUCCUCUCAUAUCCCCUCCCUUUCUAAUGGUUCUUUCAAAUUUGCCCCUCCCACUCACAGCACUAAAGGCCUCUCUAUUCCCACGCAGACACAAAACGGUCGACCUUCCUCCUCUUCUUCCUCUUCCUGUUCCCACUCCCCUUUGUCCCCGACUAUGUUGAGUCAGAGUGUGAAGAGUAUCCGUACCAUUCACACACCCAGCUUCACCAGCUACAGUCGGCCACACAACGGAAAUGCCGGUAAAUCAGCUAUUCCCACGGUAACUCUCGCUAAGGAUGCUGCGUAGAAUGCUUCGCUGCUUCGCAACCAUUUAUGUAUCUCUUAAUGAGGUAGAGUCACUCCUGAUUUUACUUUGAUUCAUUUUUAAGUUACGAUUUUAUUUGUUUGAACAGAUAAUAUUGUUCUAUCGGAGUGAACUUUGUUUUGGCAUGACUUUGGUUAUUGCAUGUUAUUAUUUUCUCUGUUAAAGUGAAAGGCCAUCAUCCAUUAAUCAGUGUUUUAAACUUGAAUCUCUGCAAAUCAUAAACAUAUAAAAAGAUUAACUGUUUUAUUUUAGAACUAAAGAAAACGAUUUAAUUGCAGAGAGCAGGCUCUUGAUCAAGGAUUUUACAGAGCACUUCAUUUGAAAAGAAUAUUUAUUUUUCAUACAAGUUGAGAGACUAAAAAGUAUUCUAGUCAGUAGUAAAAGUAUGUAAACAAUGUUUUGGUUAUUAGUAUCCUCUAAAUGAUUGUAGAUGUUUUUUUCAUUUUUUUUUUAAGUUGACAGACAUUGGUUGUAGCCAUAAUAAGUGAAAAAGUACUGUAAGUAUAUUAACCAUUAAUACAAUUUGACAAACAUUGUGUUUUUUUUUCUUUCUCUCAUGCACUGCCAAUGUCUUUAAGAUUUAUCAUUAUAAAUUGACAACAGUUUUGCAGUCUUUUCAGUAGUUGUGCCUAUUUGCCAAAGUUUGUAUUUUACAUCUUUACAACUGACUAUAUAUUAUGUGUUAGACAUUUAGGAUAGGUUAUACCUGGCUUAACCUACCUAUGUCACAGUUCCUUGAUUUACUCAUGCAGUUUAUGGCUCUUAAAUUAAUGAGUAUUGAUGUCUAAAUGUAAACUAAAAUUGUAGUGAUUGAUACAAUUGCUCUCUACUUCACAUGUACAUACUGUAACAUCUCUAUUUCAGAGAUUGUCUUUAGUUUUGUUAACAUAUUGUACCAAAGUUUAUUUCUAUGCAUGCCUAUACAAAAUUGUAGAAAGAGAGAAUGUAAUAGAAAAAAUCAUGCUUGCACAAACAGAUUUUGUAAAUAAAUGUUUUCUUUGGUUUUGUAUAGCUUUAAUUGCAGAAGCAAUCAGUGCAAAAGAGUGUAGGUAUUAAAGUUCUGUAUGCUUGUUGUUCACAUGGCCUCUCGGCUAUGGUUUCUCCACUGAAACACUGCAAGUCCUUCUAUUAAACAUUUUG